AUGGUAAAGGAGAAUAAUGAAAUGAAAGAGUCUCUGGUAAAUGAAAUGGUCCAAAAUAAAAUCAUAAGUUUGUAAAUAAAUUAUUUACUUUAAAACUCUAAAUUAAAUUAUGGGAAAAUCAAAAAAAAGAUUUUGAAUUUAAAAUAAAAGCUCUUCAAUCCAUAAUGGAUGAAGAGAAAAAUAAACAUAUGAAUUCAUCGUUAGAACUAACCAAAUCACUUUUAUAUGAAGAAAUAGUAUUAACAUUGAAAAUGGAAAUAUGUUCAUUACGCAAAAAUUAUACAUUAUAUACAAUAAUUUUACAUAAUUCAAAAAAUAAAAAUAAAUUAUCAAAAUAUUUACAAAUAAAAAACUAAUCAUGCAAUUUUUAGAAAUAAAGCAAGAAUUUCAAUUAGCCAAGAAGGUUCAUGAAAAUACAAUUAAUAAUAUGAACAUCAGUGGGCAAAUAAUAGAUGAACAAAGGGUAUGUAUGCUACCAUAAAACUUCUCCAAAUUUUUUUUACAAUAUGUUACGAGGAGUUAUUUACAUUUUAUUUUUAUUUUAGUGUGAUUCUAAGUGGAGUGCUAAGCACUCCGAUUUGGCCUUCUUCUACAAGAAAAUGGAGAUAACACACUUCCAAUAUAAAUGUGAAAUAGAUGUGGCAUUAAAACGUCAGAGAUAUUAG